CAGACUAAGGCCAGGCCCAGGCGUCUUGGGAAGGCAGGCCUGGGAGCCCCCAGAAUCCUUCCAUGGUCCCACUUCCCUGUAAGCCUUGGCUGUGGUGAGGUGGAGCAAAAGGGCCUGGAACGAAAGGAACAUUUUCCAAGGAAAACACGGAGGAAGCUGUGGGAACUGUGGUCAUUUAGAUGGCAGACAAGCAGACUGAGCCCGUCACCGUCAUCAGCCUUCGGAAGCUGAGCCUGGGGGUUCCCGAGCCGCAGCAGAAAGAGCCACGGACCUUCACGGUGGAGGAUGCGGUGGAGACCAUCGGAUUCGGCCGCUUCCACAUUGCCCUCUUCCUGAUCAUGGGCAGCACCGGGGUUGUUGAGGCCAUGGAGAUCAUGUUAAUAGCUGUGGUGUCUCCUGUCAUCCGCUGUGAGUGGCAACUGGAGAAUUGGCAGGUGGCAUUCGUGACCACGAUGGUGUUUUUUGGCUACAUGGUAUCCAGCAUCCUCUUUGGCCUCCUGGCUGACAGAUAUGGCCGCUGGAAGAUUUUGCUCAUCUCGUUCCUGUGGGGAGCCUAUUUCUCCUUGCUGACCUCCUUCUCUCCCUCGUACAUCUGGUUUGUCUUUCUGCGGACCAUGGUGGGCUGCGGCGUGUCUGGCCACGCGCAAGGGUUAAUCAUAAAGACUGAAUUUUUGCCCACAAAGUAUCGAGGCUACAUGCUCCCCUUGUCUCAGGUUUUCUGGCUGGCUGGCUCCCUGCUCAUCAUUGGCCUGGCCUCUGUGGUCAUCCCCACCAUUGGGUGGCGCUGGCUCAUCCGGAUAGCCUCCAUCCCUGGCAUCAUCCUCAUCAUGGCCUUCAAGUUCAUUCCUGAAUCUGCUCGGUUCAAUGUCUCCACCGGGAACACCCAGGCUGCCCUGGCCACCCUGCAGCGCAUUGCCAGGAUGAACCGCUCAGUCCUGCCGGAGGGGAGGCUGGUGGAACCCAUUCUGGAAAAAAGAGGAAGAUUUGCAGACCUACUGGAUGCUAAAUAUUUACGGACCACAUUACAGAUCUGGGUCAUAUGGCUGGGCAUCUCCUUUGCCUACUACGGGGUCAUCCUGGCCAGUGCUGAGCUGCUGGAGCGGGACCUGGUCUGUGGUUCAAAGCCAGAGUCGCAGGUGGCGGCGGUGACAGCGGGGGACUCAGAGGAGAGCCAGAGCCCCUGCCACUGCCACCUGUUUGCCCCCUCUGACUACCGGACCAUGAUCAUCAGCACCGUCGGGGAGAUUGCUUUGAACCCUUUAAAUAUUCUGGGCAUCAACUUCCUGGGAAGACGGCUGAGCCUGGCUAUUACCAUGGGGUGCACGGCUUUAUUUUUCCUCCUCCUCAAUAUUUGUACUUCAAGCGCGGGCCUCAUCGGCUUCCUGUUCAUGCUCAGGGCCCUGGUGGCAGCCAACUUCAACACCAUCUACAUUUACACUGCGGAGGUCUACCCCACCACGAUGCGCGCUCUGGGGAUGGGGACCAGCGGCUCCCUGUGUCGCAUUGGUGCGAUGGUGGCACCAUUUAUCUCCCAGGUUCUUAUGAGUGCAUCAUUCCUGGGAGCCCUGUGUCUUUUCUCAUCUGUCUGUGUUGUAUGUGCCAUUUCUGCAUUUACUCUUCCCAUUGAGACCAAGGGGCGAGCCCUACAGCAAAUUAAAUGAGACCUGCGAAGCUACAUCUACCAGAGGAGCAAAAUGCAUUUUAUCUUCACAGAGCAGUGGCACAUUUCUUAAAAACUUGGUUUUAUUUCUGUAUGCUAUUCAGUAAUAAACUGAUUUUAUACCUAAGAACAUAAGGCAUACAUGGGAAUGCAGCUGGCAAAUGUAUACUCAUCUUCUCCUUGGGAGACAAUAUAUAAAAAAAGCUUUUACAAAAUAUACCUAAGAUUUGAAAGUCUAUGAAUGGGAGAGGGUCAAGGAAGAUGUCUUUUCUUCCCUGAUAUCAAGAAUACAAAAAUCUUAGAACACAUAUUUGGUUUUUUCCCAUAAAGGUUGUAGCUAAAGUUGGACAAAAUCUUGUAGUUAGGGCAAGAACUGGGUUGAUAUCAUUAAAUCUUUCCAAACCACUAGAAUAGUCAUCAGGUUCAAAUUAAAAUUAGCAUCAACUAUGGCCUUUACAGUAUUCACAAAAUAAAUUAGCGGCUUGUAUAUAAUUACAUGCCAUCACGAUUUCUACUCAUUUAUUUUAAUGGGGAGAAUCUUUGAUUCUCAUGACAUGAACAACACGAAAGUAUGCAGCCAGUCUCCUGACAGAUAAUUCCUCACUCACCUGCUGUUUGUGGGGAGACUGUUGCUGUGAGACGUCGCAGUUUUGCACAUCUUCUAGGACAGGCAUGCUGGGGAAAGAACAUGUAGCCGUUCACAUUUACAUUUUAUCUUUUAUCAGUGUUCAGGCUUGUUUUAGAGGCCCACUGAAUUUGGGGACCCCAAGGCUGGCUUAUAAUUUCUUACACUAGAAAAAGAAUUCAGCUAUAAUUGUUAAGUGUUGCGACAAGAGCAAACUACAUUUAUGAAAGGUUUCCAAUUCUUAAGGAGUGCAAAGAAUUUCUAUUUGAACAUAGCCAUGAAUGGCUUAAAAUCAAGACUGAUUUGUCCCUUAGUAGGCUUGGGGUGUAGGUUCAUGGACCUCUGGCAGAUACCAAACUCCCCAGAUGUUCCAGUUCCUGAUAUAG